AAAAAGAAAGUUUCUCUCUAUCUUUCCUAUUAAUAAUCUUGGAGAAAAAUCCCUUUAGUCUAUUACAAGAAUCCUAGUUUUAUUAUUCUUUUCCUGUGUAAGGGCUCCAAGGAGCUAGGUUUGGUGAUAUUGUUUGAACAUCAUCUCAAACCAGCUCCUCUCAGAAUCCAUUUCUUUCGGCUUAUUGUUUUUCUAAAAGUUCAUCACCAAAAGGAAAAUGAGGUGUUUCUCUUGUCUCGACACACGAACCAAGGAUAUGAGAAUCAACAUUGAUACCACAUCUUACCUAACCAGUGGUUCCUCAGUUGAUACAAGAAGCGAUGCAACAGGAGGAGGAGCAGGGUCGAAAUCUGGCAUUUUAGUUAAUGGGAAAGUGAAUAGCCCUAAACCAGGCGGUGGCGCAAGAAGUUUCACGUUCGAGGAGUUGGCCGCCGCAACCAAUAAUUUCCGGGAGGUGAACAUGAUCGGAAGAGGAGGGUUCGGUAGUGUCUACAAGGGACGUUUAUAUUCCGGACAAGUUGUGGCGAUCAAGCAAUUAAACCCAGAUGGGAAUCAAGGAAAUCAAGAAUUCAUAGUCGAGGUUAACAUGCUUAGCGUCUACCAUCAUCCAAACCUAGUAACUUUAAUCGGUGACUGUACUUCUGGUGCCCAGAGACUUCUUGUUUAUGAAUACAUGCCAAUGGGUAGCUUAGAAGAUCAUCUUUAUGAUCUUGAGCCUGAUCAGAGUCCUUUAAGCUGGAACACUCGAAUGAAAAUAGCUGUUGGUGCAGCUCGUGGGUUAGAGUAUCUUCAUUGUAAAAUAAGCCCAUCAGUGAUAUACCGUGAUUUGAAGUCCGCAAACAUUUUGUUAGACAGAGACUUUAGUCCCAAGCUAUCUGACUUUGGACUUGCUAAAGUCGGUCCUGUCGGUAACAGAACACAUGUGUCCACUAGGAUCAUGGGUACUUACGGAUACUGUGCUCCAGAAUACGCCAUGAGCGGCAAGCUAACCAUCAAAUCAGAUAUAUACUGCUUUGGUGUUGUGUUACUCGAGCUUAUUACUGGUAGGAAAGUUAUUGAUUUGAAUAAACCACAUGGAGAGCAGUACCUUGUUGCAUGGGCUCGGCCGUAUCUCAAGGACCGUACGAAAUUUGGACAACUUGUGGACCCGUUGCUGCGUGGAAAGUACCCUAAGAGGUGUCUUAGUCAAGCGAUAUCUAUCACCGAGGUGUGUCUGAACGAGGAAGCGAACCGACGUCCGCAAAUAGGUGAUGUCGUGGUGGCUUUUGAGUAUAUAGCUGCUCGGAGCAAAUCUUACGAAGAGAAAAGAAUGGCUCGCAAGUCUACGGACUCUGAUCGGUCAAGAGGAGAAAGAAAACAGAGUUUCUAAGUUUGUGUCAACAAAUCUGAAAGGCUCUGAUAGAAACAGAAGGUUGCUUAUAUGACCUCGAAAAGUAUUUGUUUUUGAUUUCUUGUUUUUUUUUUUUUCUGGGGUUUUUAUUUAGUUCAGUUUUAAUAAUGGGACUUGGUAUGAUGAAAAAGGUAACUUUUUGUUUAAGAAAGAACUUUUACGUUCAAGAAAAAAAGUUACGUGUAGGUAAAUGUUCCACAACUUCCUUAUGAUAUUUU